GUUUAAUGAUUCAUAACUUAACUCGUGUAAUACAAAUAAAAGUUUGAUAAGAAUGGGAAGAGCAAAAGGGUUUGGUGUUAAAUAGAAGUCUUGAUUGAGUUGUAUGAGUGAGGGGAAAACUCAUCUUCAUAUCGCCAGAACAAGUGAAUCCUGUUGAGAGUUGAGAGAUGUGUAUUUUCAGAAGCUCUUCAAGGCACUUGUUACUUGUCUCUGUGUUUGUAUUGCUGAACUAUGCAAGUGAAGCAGCUCCUACAUACAGCGCACAUGCCUGCACAAGUGGAUCCUAUUACCGACCCAACACAAGAUUCCAAACCAACUUGAACCUCCUCCUCUCGUCCCUCGUCUCCAACGCCACCCUCCACGACGGCUUCUACCGCACCAACAUCUCCCUCGGAAACCCCGACGAGGUCAAGGGACUCUUCCUCUGCCGCGGCGACGUCACCACCCCCUCCGUCUGCCACGACUGCGUAGCCGCCGCAGCAAAAAACAUCACACAGCUGUGCACCAACCAGACUGAGUCCAUAAUCUGGUACGACGAAUGCACGCUGCGUUACUCCAACCUUUCCUUCCUCAACAACAUAGUUCCAAGUGUUAACUUGGAAAACACACAGAGCAUCCCUCAAUCCGACGCUUCCCGCUUCAACGAUCUUCUCGCAGCCACGUUGACCGACGUAGUGCAGGAAGCCGUCAAUUCUCUUUCAGGUCACAAGUUUGCUACAAAAGAAGCGGAUUUCACGAGCUCCAUCAAGUUGUACACACUGGCGGAGUGCACGCCCGAUCUGUCCACCUUUGACUGUAACAUGUGCCUCUCAGGCGCCAAAAGCUCCCUCGGUAAUGGAAAACGUGGUGCACGCUCCCUGCUUCCGUCUUGUAAUCUAAGAUAUGAAUUGUACCCUUUUUACAAUGCUUCCGCCGUCUCCACUCACCCAGACCUUCCCCCUCCAUCUUCAGGAAAAAGCAGUAUCUCUCUAAUUGUGGCCAUUGUUGUCCCCAUUGUUGUUGUGCUUGUUCUUUUCAUCGUUGGCGUCUGCUUCCUACGUAAGAGGGCAAGCAAGAAGUAUAAUACUUUUGUCCAGGAUUCAAUUGCGGAUGAUCUCACUGAUGUGGAGUCCUUGCAAUUUGACUUGGCUACAGUUGAAGCAGCCACAGACAGAUUCUCAGAUGAGAACAAGAUUGGACAGGGUGGAUUUGGGGUAGUUUAUAAGGGCGUCCUCCCUAAUGGACAGGAGAUAGCUGUGAAGAGGUUGUCGGUAACCUCCUUGCAGGGUGCAGUAGAGUUCAGGAAUGAAGCUGCCCUUGUGGCCAAGCUUCAACAUAGAAAUUUAGUGAGACUAUUGGGAUUUUGCUUGGAGGGUCGGGAGAAGAUCCUUAUCUACGAAUACAUACCAAAUAAAAGUCUUGAUCACUUUCUAUUUGAUCCUGUAAAGCAAAGAGAGUUAGAUUGGUCAAGACGCUACAAGAUUAUAGAUGGCAUUGCUCGAGGAAUUCUUUAUCUACACGAAGAUUCCCAACUUAGAAUUAUACACCGUGAUUUGAAAGCCAGCAAUGUUUUAUUAGAUGAAAAUAUGAAUCCAAAAAUUUCAGAUUUUGGCAUGGCAAAAAUUUUCCAGGCAGAUCAGGGGCAAGUGAAUACAGGAAGGAUAGUUGGAACUUAUGGUUACAUGUCUCCAGAAUACGCAAUGCGUGGACAGUUCUCUGUGAAAUCAGAUGUGUUUAGUUUUGGUGUUUUAGUUUUGGAGAUUGUGAGUGGCAAAAAGAACACUGACUUUUAUCAAUCGAAUCGGGUUGAUGACCUCUUAAAACAUGCUUGGAAGAAUUGGACAGAGAAAACACCUUUGGAGUUUCUGGAUCCAACUCUGAGAGGCUCUUAUUCAAGAAAUGAAGUCAACAGAUGCAUCCAUAUUGGUUUAUUGUGUGUUCAGGAAAAUCCAUCUGACAGGCCUUCGAUGGCCACUAUUGCACUUAUGCUGAACAGUUAUUCAGUUACCAUGUCAAUGCCACGACAGCCAGCAUCUUUUUUGCGUGGAAGAAGCCCUAAUAACGGGCUAAACCAAGGGCUUGACUCUGAUCAGUCUAGCACUGAUCGGUCUACCACCUGUUCAAUUCCAUGGUCUGUGAAUGAAGUAUCCAUUACUGAAGUAUACCCUCGCUAAAGGAUUGCUUUUCAUGUUUUCUU